GGGGUCCCAUUUCAACAAACUGUACGUGCUUCCAUGACAGAUAUGUCGAGCAGGAUCCUGAGAUGUUGUCCAUUUCGUCACGCCAGCUUGGUCCAUCUUGGUCUUUUCCAACACCAUGUUCAGUUGCGCGAGGAGCUUCCCAUUGGUAAUGUCAGGAGCUUUAUCCAUACAUGGAUCUUCGCUUAUGCCUGCGUGCCACCCAAUCACCGAAUCACCGAUCUCCGUACCGGCAGGUAUAUCGUUCAAGGGAUCGUGGAAACUGAACACAUUGGGGUUAUGAGGCUGGUAGUCUGCGAACAAAAUGUUGCCUGCACUGUUGGCCUUGAGAGGCUUGACGCGAACGACGGUGGAAAAAUCGCUUCUUUGGGCCCAGUCUUCUAAGUUCCUCUGCUCACCAAGGAAAUAUUCUCCCUGAAGGUCAAUGAUACGCUCAUCUGUCGGCUUCUCAGGCGCGCGGAUAUACUGAGAUACGUCUGUCAUCAGGUUAACGGAAGGGCCCAUGUCGUCUAUAUGCCGACAGACGUCGCUUUCAAUAACCCAGCCAGCAUUGUUGGCUGCGUUCCGAGUCACUCUCGCGACCAUCCAGCGGUUUAGCGGAGUAGCAGCUGCUGAAAACUUAUCUUGCUUUUCCGAGGCUGAUUCCCAUCGCUACAUCUGUGGCAAUGUCCAUGAUAUACUUAUGCCGAAAACGUGAGGGCGUGGCUGUGAAGUGGUAAGAUCAUAGAGCCGUGGGUUGGCCGUUGUGACUCUGGCACUGUCAAAGUCGGCAUGGUCCUGCAGGUCAGCCGGGACAGUUUGCUUUCGCAAUCGAAGUUUCGAGUAAUCGAACAAGUUCGUCGGUAGUAGAGUGACAUUGGGACAUUUCUCUGAAUACGCCUCCUGGUUUCCCAGUCCCAGGAGAUCUAUCUUCAUGGGGACCAGGAGUGUCGCAUCAGGAGGUGCGCCAUUCUUGUUGUUGCUAAGUACGUUUUUGGCCUCAAAAGCCCGGAGGGAAACUUUUCUCGCUCAGCAACGAAUUGAAAGGACAAACGACAUGAGUAACCUAUCUGGAAGCAAAGUGAGCAUCUUCCCCAACUCAGCUGUGUGGAAUUUAAGUAAUGGCCUUUGCUACAGAUCAUGUAAUUGAGGAGAGAAGCUGGCAAAAGAGAAAAGGCCCCAUAUCAUAUCCUGACAGGGAGGCUAUCGGGGGGGACGGGGUCUAAGCCGGGCACUAAAUAAGUCAGAUAAGCCCUGGUUUACCUGAUGUUAGAUCCCGGCAUCCAAUGAAUGCCUCUAAAAUUUCACCACCAUCAAAUUCCUCAAACCAACAUCAACACCCCUCCUCAGCAUGUCCGCAACACCAUGGGUAUGCCGAACCUGCACAAGAGCAUUAACACGCUCUCACAUGCGCCAAUUCGUGCGCUUUGCAACCAAUGAUGCCUCACCACUGCUCGCACCCGCCCUCCUCCAGCGCGCCCAGUCCCUCACAUCCGAACACGACGACCUCCAAAAGACCCUCAACAACUCCUUCGAUUCCUCCAUAGCGAAGCGCGUCGGCGAAUUAUCCCGCGUGGCUGAAGCGCUGAAAGCAUGGCAGACCUCUCAAGCCUCCGUCGCCGAAUUGACCUCCAUGCUCGACGACCCCGACCAAGACGCCGAUCUCGCUGCCAUCGCCCGCGAUGAACUCUCCUCCGAGACAGGAAAACUCGAAUCCCUCGCCCGCAGACUCUCAGCAAGCUUAACGCCCCGCCACCCCUUCGCCGAUUUCCCAUGCAUGCUGGAAUUCCGACCUGGCCCAGGCGGUCUUGAAGGACGAUACUUCAUGGAUACUUUGUUCAAGAUGUACAAAGCGCUGUGCAUGCGCCGUGGUUAUCGCCACACGGUGGUAAAGUACGAAUUCGCCGAUACCGCAGGAGACUCCUCCUCAUCCGCCGGCGAAAACCCCCUCCAAGAAGCCAUCCUCGAAGUCCACGACCAAGGCGCCUUCGACAUCUUCCGCAGCGAAGCAGGCAUGCACCGCGUGCAACGCAUCCCCAGCACCGAGACGAAGGGCCGCGUGCACACCAGCGCCGUCGCAGUCUGGGUCUUGCCCUCGUUCCCGGAGAACGGCGCCUCGAAUAUUGACUUUGACGAUCCAGAGAGUGAUUUCUACGUUAAUCCGCAGGAGGUCAAGAUUGAGACGAUGAGGGCGAGAGGUGCGGGGGGACAACACGUAAACAAGACGGAGUCUGCUAUAAGGAUGACGCAUUUGCCUACGGGCACUACUGUGUCGAUGCAGGAUCAUCGGUCGCAGCAGCGGAAUCGAGAGGAGGCGUGGAAAUUGCUUCGUUCGCGAAUUGCUGAUCAGCGACGAGAAGCUCGUGAAGAGGAAGCGUCAAAUCUGAGAAACAGCGUGCUCUCCAAGACGCAGAUCACACGAGGUGAUAAGAUUCGCACAUACAACUACAACCAGGACCGAUGUACCGAUCAUCGCGCAGGCGUUGAUGUGCACGACCUACCGAAUGUGCUCGAGGGCGGUGAAAAGCUAGAUCGAAUCAUGGAUGGCGCAAAAGACUGGCUUGUAAAUAAGGACAUUGAACUCCUCAUGACCGAAGAAGAAGCCAAGGAGAAGCUCAAUGGCAAGAAAUAGAUGUGUACAACACUGUAGCAUAGACAUUGUAUUAUCAUGUACAGAACCCGCUGUAGGGAACCCAAAACUGCUGAAUAGACGACGAUAUCCGACGCUUCAUAUCUUCGUGC